GCGACGGCGUGCGGUUUCGCGCCGCGAGUCUUCCCAACCCCUCUGGCAGCAUGUGGAGGAGCUGGCUCCGGCUGCGGGAGCCAGGGCUCCGACUCCUGAACCGGCCUGCAGGUGACCCUGCCGCCUCCGUGAGGCCGAGGUCAGCCCCUCAGCCUCCAGCCCGGGCCUAUGUCCCGCCGACAGAAAGGAAGAGAUUUUAUCAGAAUGUCAGCAUCACACAGGGUGAAGGUGGCUUUGAGAUAAACCUGGACCACAGGAAGCUGAAAACUCCCCAAGCCAAGCUCUUUACAGUCCCCAGUGAGGCCCUAGCCAUUGCAGUGGCCACUGAAUGGGACUCCCAGCAGGACACAAUCAAGUUCUAUACCAUGCACCUGACCACAUUGUGCAACACAUCCUUGGACAACCCAACCCAACGAAACAAGGAUCAGCUGAUCCGGGCAGCUGUAAAGUUUCUGGACACUGACACCAUCUGCUACAGGGUGGAAGAGCCAGAGACAUUAGUGGAACUUCAAAAGAAUGAGUGGGAUCCAAUCAUAGAGUGGGCUGAGAAAAGGUACGGAGUGGAGAUUGGUUCUUCUACUAGCAUAAUGGGACCCAGCAUUCCUGCCAAGACUCGGGAGAUGCUCAUCAACCACUUGGCAUCUUAUAACAUGUGGGCCCUACAAGGGAUUGAGUUUGUAGUGGCCCAGCUCAAGUCCUUGGUGCUGACCUUAGGCCUGAUUGACCUGCACCUCACAGUGGAGCAGGCUGUGCUACUGUCACGCCUGGAAGAGGAGUACCAGAUCCAGAAAUGGGGUAACAUUGAGUGGGCCCACGACUAUGAACUGCAAGAGUUGCGUGCCCGUACUGCUGCCGGCACCCUUUUUGUCCACCUCUGCUCGGAAAGCGCCACAGUCAAGCACAAACUCCUGAAGGAGUGAGCCCAGUGUUGUACACACCAUUUGGACACAGCUGGCACAGCCACAGCUCUCCUGGCCUGGCCUUUCCUAACUGUGGGAUCUCUUGACCUGUGGAGCUCCCCAGCCUACCUGUAGGGUUCCCAGCUUGCAUGUGGGAACUUCCUCAGACUAGACAUGGGGACUCCCUUGGCCUGUGCUUGUGAGGCUCCCAUGGCCUUUGGAGUUUGGCCUUGUUCAGCGUUACCCUGAAAUGCUUGUGAGACACUGUGGCUUCUGGAGGUUCAGCCAGAUUCUAACCUAGGGGCUUCCUGGCCUGAUCAGCAGCAAGUAAGGGGGAUACGUUGUACAAGUGACUGUUUCUUGACUCUUGAUUUUAUUAAAUAUUUCUCUACCCUG